UGGCUGUACAAAGAGAAAGUCUUUAGGGUCACCACAGAGUUAAAAAAGAAAAAAGGUUUUCCUCAACAACACAGCUCAACAGCGCCCCCACCGGGGACCCGGAUGAUCCCGGAACUGCACCACACACACCGAGUGGCGUGUGAGAGUGUGUGUUUAAGUGAAACUAGUCGCUGUUGUUUCUUAUCGGCCAUCACUGCAGCGAGGGAGCCGAAGAGGAUCACUUUAAUAUCCUGGAGCAGGGAUGUGUUUCACCAGCUGACUGUCGACCGUUUCUGUCUUCUUACCCCUGAACGCACCACCGACGUUUUGCCUGUUUUGGGCUAAAAAAGCAACAAAACUACCCCGAAAGAAAGCAUCAUUCUUCCCCUGUGGGAUCGUGUCAUCUUGGCAGCUUUCCAGACAACAACAUCCAGAAGACAGCGAGCAUAAUAAUGGCAGAGCAUCUGUCCCAGAGUGAGCUGGACUACCCGUUCAAACUUCUGGAGUAUUUCAACGGAUUCAGGGUCUCAAAGGUGAUAUUUUCUGCCUGUGAGCUGGGAGUGUUUGACCUCCUGCUGAGGUCCCAGGAGCCCCUGAGUGCACAGCAUGUAGCCCGGGAGCUGAGCACCAGUGUGGACGGGAUGGAGCGGCUGCUGGAUGCACUGGUGGGCAUCGAGAUCCUGGAGGUGGAGACCGCAGACGGGACAGUUUUGUACAGCAGCACCGACGUUUCUAAUCUGUAUCUGGCGAAAGGCAGCGGCAAGUCUCUUCACGACAUGAUCAUCUACCAAUCCCAGACCAUCUACCCGCUGUGGAACAAUAUGGUGGACGCCGUCAGGGAGGGGAAGAAUCAGAAUGAAAAGACCUUCGGCCUCCCAGCAGAGGAUAUCUUCCAGGCUAUUUACCGAUCAGAGGAGGAGAUGCUGAAAUUCAUGGGUCUGAUGAACUCCUCGUGGGUUCUUGACGGACACGACAUCGUGACGGCGUUCAACCUCUCCUGCUUUCAGAAGAUUGUAGAUCUGGGAGGAUGCACCGGGGCUCUGGCCUGUGAGAUGGCGAAGGCGUACCCGUCCUCCUCUGUCACGGUGUUCGACCUCCCGCAGGUCGUCGACGCGGCUCAGAAACAUUUCUCUCAGGAGAACGACGCCGUUGUAUUUCAAACUGGAGAUUUCUUCAGCGGUGAAAUCCCUCCAGCUGACCUGUACGUCCUGGCCAGAAUAAUUCACGACUGGCCUGAAGAGAAGUGCCUCACGCUGCUGCAGAAGAUCUACGACACCUGCAGACCAGGCGGCGGCGUCCUGCUGGUGGAAGCCAUGUUGUUUGAGAACAGACGAGGGCCCGUCAUGGCUCAGUGCUUCUCCCUCAACAUGCUGGUGCAGGCGGAGGGCCGGGAGCGCCCGCCGUCCGAGUACACGACCAUCCUCAACAAGACCGGCUUCCGCAACGUUCAGGUGUGCCGGACCGGCAAGUCCUACGACACCAUCCUGGCCACCAGAUGAGCGCGGGACAGUUGAGAGAAGCAUCUGGGAACGUAAAGAAACUUGAACUUGAAAACGUCGGGAGCUGAACAUAAACCGCUGCCAGUCUCGGUGCACAUGGAGCCCCCAGUGUAUGUUUUGGUUAGUGAUGUUUUCUGAUAUUGUGACAACAGUUUACACAUUUCUUUCAAAGAUCGCACUGAUGCUGGAUAAUAUUGUUUCUUUAUAUGUAACAUGUUUCUGCAUUUUAUCCAUUUUGUCUUGCAAAGUUUCUCAUUCCUCAGUCUUAGAUGGAAACUCAGUGUUUUCAUCUCAUGAUCUCUUUGAUGAUGACGUGUCUGCUGUCGGUGGAUAUUAAUGUGGUUUUUUUUAAGAAGCAUAUUUCAAAACCUUCAAAUGCAGUGAAGAAGUUCAAGAAAACACUGAGUGUUGGAGCUGGAGAAACAGCUUUGUGUUGUGAUGUGUGUUCCCUGCCGUGAUGAGUUCAGGCUCUGCAGACUCCGCAGGACAAACCUCCGUUUACCUCCAUUAUUCCUCCGCUGGUGUUAAAAAGGUCAACAUGUUUGUUAGUGGUGUGAAAAAACACUGUAGUGUUGUUUCUAAAAUAAAUGUUUUAUAGAUGUU